UGGAGCCAAGCUAAGGGAGCGAAGAAGGUGGUGGCGUCUUACUAGAGGUCGCGGAACGGAGGCGGGCAAGCAGCAUGGCAGCAGCGUUAAUGCUCCGAGCCUCCGUUAGUUUGCUGCACAGGCAUGGGAAAGUCUGUGCAGACUGGCUCGCUUGGGUGUCUUCUAGGGCAAUGGCUUCCAAAACUCCAGUUGGAUUUAUUGGUUUGGGAAAUAUGGGAAAUCCAAUGGCAAAAAACCUUGUGAAACAUGGUUAUCCCAUUAUCGCAUGUGAUGUAUUUCCAGAAGCAUGUAAGGAAUUCCAAGAGCUGGGUACCCAGGUGGCUGAUUCUCCAGCAGAUGUAGCAGAUAAAGCAGAUAGGAUUAUUACAAUGCUUCCAUCUAAUCCUAAUGCAAUAGAGGUUUACAUAGGUACCAAUGGAAUUCUCAAGAAAGUGAAGAAAGGUUCUUUAUUAAUAGAUUCCAGUACUAUUGACCCUGAAGUUUCAAAAGAACUAGCUAAAGAAACUGAAAAAAUGGGAGCUGUUUUUAUGGAUGCCCCGGUUUCUGGUGGUGUUGGAGCUGCUCGUGCAGGAAAUCUUACCUUCAUGGUCGGGGGAGUAGAGCAGGAAUUUGAUGCUGCAAAAGAGCUGCUCACAUGUAUGGGUUCCAAUGUGGUCUAUUGUGGAGAAGUUGGAACUGGACAGGCUGCAAAAAUCUGCAAUAAUAUGCUGUUAGCCAUCAGCAUGAUUGGAACUGCUGAGACCAUGAAUCUUGGAAUCAGGUUAGGGCUUGACCCAAAGCUUCUGGCCAAAAUCUUAAAUAUGAGUUCAGGCCGUUGUUGGUCAAGUGAUACAUACAACCCUGUGCCAGGAGUAAUGGAUGGGGUACCUUCUGCUAAUAAUUAUCAAGGUGGCUUUGGAACAACCCUUAUGGCUAAGGAUCUUGGCUUGGCCCAGAUUUCUGCCACCAACACUAAAUCUCCAGUCCCACUUGGAUCCCUAGCCCAUCAGAUUUACAGGAUCAUGUGUGCCAAGGGUUAUGCCCAAAAAGACUUCUCAUCCGUAUUCCAGUUUUUACGGGAAGAAGAAAACUUGUGAAAUCUCUAUUGACUUUUAACUAGAGACAUUGUUUAAAAAAAUAUGUAUUUAGAGCCUCUUUCAGAUUAAUCAAUAAAUACAUGAGUUUAAUCAAAGAUUAAAUUUAAUCAUGAUCUCACCCAUCUUCUGUAUUCUAAAGUCACAGCUAACUCCAAGGUUUCCUAUCAUUUCAAAUACUGUGGAAUUCUUUUUAAUAAUUUAUAUAUCUUGCUUUUUAAAAAGUGCAGUAGCAAGAUUUAAAGAAAACUCAGUAUAUUUCUAUUUACUUACCUACUUCCAAAUAAUCCUUUUCUAAACUUGUUACGAAUUUGGGGUGAAUUUUAAGUUGGAUUGCAAAAUGGACAUGGCUUCUAGUUUGGGAACAGUUUUUCUGAACUGAAUAAGUAUAAUGGUUAAAGAGAUCCUGAACUUCCUAAGUAAUAUUCCAAUUUACUUUAAAACAAAAUUAUUAUAAUCAAGAAUUAAUGAUAAAAAUCUGUAUUAAUUAAUGGUUGCAAUUUAUUUGAAAUCUGGUGCUUAUGGUUUUGGAAAGUCAUAGUAAAAAUAGCAUAAUAAAAAUAACAUGUUUCACAUUUUUUCCUCAAUAGCCUAAUUUUAUAUAUUUUUAUUUUUGUCAUCUUUUCAACAUUCAUGAUUAGUUCCUUUACUGACAUGCAGAUAUCUUUGUAUUAUUAUACAUCUAAAUAAAUAAAUCCUUUGAAAUCUAAGGUAAUGAUCACAAGAAGAAAUAUAUGGGCUUAUUGUGAGGGGGUAUUCUCUUGCUUUUAUUAUGAUCAGAUUCUAUGCAUGGUCCUACCAAUAAAAAUGCAUUUGAAAACUACAUAAGAGAAUUAAAGACCUGUCUUGCCUAAACAAGAACACAUAGUGUAAAGAUCUGUUGAUUGGUGUGUUAUUAAAUUUCAAUUUUGGUUUGUUAAGAAUGCAGUCAAAACUAUUAAAGUGGAUAACUAUGAUAGAGAAUAUAUAAGACCAUUCUUUAUUGUUACAGUAAUUCUUGAAACUCUGCAUGAAGAGAAAUAAUAAACAUUUAUCAGAAUUGCCUGAUCACCAUAGCUUUUAACAGGGCAAUUGAUCAACCUACAAAUUAUGAAUACUCCUAUAAAAAUGUAAUGAAUUACCAACAGAAUUGGAUCCCUUUAGAACAUGUUCCCCAUUUUUUGUUACUGUCACCAUGAGUCCUAAAACUAGUAUUUGUCCUAGAACUGAAGUAAUACAUUUUUAUAUAAUCCUUUUUAUAAUUAGCUAUAAUUAUUCAGCUGAUUUCAGAUCACUCUUGUGAGGGUUUAUGUGUGGUCAAAAUGAACAAUAUGGCAGCAGAAAAUUUGCUGGGUAAUUUAAAAUAUAGAGUCAAAAAGACUGAAGAAAGUUCUCUGCUGGUUCUGUAGAUCUGACAGAUGAUAGGGCAGAUUUGAUAAAGACCGCACAUAAACACAUAGAACAUACUGGACAGUAAGCAGUCAAAAUGUUCCAACUAAGAAUGCUAGAAAUAUGAAAUGGGUGAAGCUUCCUCUUUCAUUUUGAUAGACAAGGCUAUAAGGGGGAAAUACAGCCUGUUAAUUAAAGGUACUUAGAACAGAGGUAGAUGACUUACUUUUCAUGGAGUGGAUUCCUUACUAGAUUGGAGUACUAGGUUUCAUUUCCCAAGCACUACGUGGGAUUGUUUCUUUUUUUUUUUUUAUAAUUAGGCAUUCUACACAAUCAGCUAUAAACGUGAAAUAAAGUUUAAGUGCUUAAUUUUCUACAGUGGUA